GGAGCUGUCCAGCACUUCAGGAGGGGCCGCGCUCGCCGAGCCGGGAGCCGCGCCGGGAGGGGCCGGGCCGGGCCGAGCGGGACCGAACCGAGCCGAGCGGGGCCGAGCGGGGCCGGGCCCAGCGGGACGGCGCAGGCAGCGGCCGGCGGCGGCGGCUCCGGGCCGGGUCGGGCCCGGCGGGGCGGCGGGGCGAGGCACUGCUGGUGGCGAGGCCGCCCACGCCAGCAUGGCUCUCUACAACAACGGGGCCGACGUGCCUUCGCCCCAGGAAGCCUCCAACGGCUUCUCACAGCCCGGCGCCUCGGGGUCAUGGCACAAGGGCGAGGAGGAGGUGCGUCUGGUGGAGCCCAGCCUGGUGAAGAAGGCUCACCGGGAAAUCCUGGACCACGAGCGCAAGCGGCGGGUGGAGCUGAAGUGCAUGGAGCUGCAGGAGAUGAUGGAGGAGCAGGGGUACUCCGAAGAGGAGAUCCGUCAGAAAGUGGGGACCUUUCGGCAAAUGCUGAUGGAGAAGGAAGGCGUGCUCACCAGGGAGGACCAGCAUGGGCGCCAAAUCAUGAUAGAAAACCACCACGGGGCAGAUGAGGAGGAGUACACGGUGGAGUACCCUGACUACGGCGAGGACUGCCUGCUGCAGUGCGACUGCUCAGCUGAGUGCUACCGCGAGGACAGCGGCCACCGCGAGUACAGGCUGAAAAGACGCUCGAGCAGCUCUGCCUCUCCUCCACCCAAGAAGAAAAAGAAAAAGAAAUCGGGUCACCGCCGGAGCCGCAAAAAGAGGAAACCCGGCUCGGAGCGCAGCUGUGACAGCUCUUCACCCAUCCGCAAGGAAAAGAAAAAGAAGACUGGAAAGAAACACAGACGCGACAGGUCUGAGUCGGGGUCACGGAAGAAGAGAAGACACAGGUCCCGAAGCCCCAAGAACAAACGGAAAGAGAAAAACAAAGAGCGCAAGAGGUCCCGCAGCGAGUCCCCGGCCUGGCGCUCGCACCGGCACAGCUCCUGCAGCUCCCACAGCGCCUCGCUCUCCUCCGACGACAGCGGCUCCAAAUCCCCUGGCAGGCUAAGCCCCAAGCGCCGGCAGGACGGCCCCAAGGGCAGCAGCGCCCGUUCCAGCCGCAGCCCGUCCUCCCCCUCUCCCCGCCGCUCGGCCUCGCCGCACCAGAACGGGCACAAGGGCAGCGCCCAGAAUGGCCGCCACAGCCACGGCGCCCCGCUUCCGGAGCCCUCGGAUAGGCCAGCCUCGGCGUCCCCCUCUCCGCGGGCUCAUGGCAGGAUGGAGCCGCCGUCCCCCCGCACCCGGGGGGGCCGACACGGCGCCCGCAGCCCCCGGUCGCCCACGCCGGAGCGGGCCAAGCACGGUCACCGGCAUCGCUCCCGCAGCGCCUCGCCGCCGCCCCGCCAUUGCGGCCAGAGCAAGGGACGGCCCCCGGCCCCCCGGGACCCCCCACCGCCGCCGCUCAGCCCCCCCGGCUACAGCAGCGACUCGGAGGGCUCGGCGGGCUCCCACCCCUACCACCCGCCGCUCGGCCCCGACAGGAACCACGGCACCCACACCAAGAAGGUGAAGGAGAGGCACCACCGGGGUCGGCCCAACAGCAGCUCGGAGUCAUCGGCCAAACAUUCCCGGCACGCCUCGGAGCGGAGGAAGAGCCCGUCACCCAGCCCCGGCCAGCGCAGCAGCUCCUGGAGCUCCAGCGGCUCCCUCUCCAAGUCCCGCUCCCGAUCUCGGGAGAAGAGAGUGGGACGCAGCCGCUCCCGCUCACCCUCACCAAAAAAACCUGCCAGCAGAGAGAAGGACAACGAGCCCCGAACACGCCACGGUGACCCCGAUCCCGCCCGCGCCCGGCGCCGCUCCAGGAGCUACUCCCCCAUCAGGAAGAGGAGACGUGACUCCCCCAGCUUCAUGGAGCCCAGGAGGAUCACGAGCGCUCGCAAGCGUCCCAUCCCCUACUACCGCCCCAGCCCCUCGUCCUCCAGCUCGCUGAGCACCUACUCCUACAGCCGCAGCCGCAGCCGCAGCUAUGACAGCUACAGCACCAGCCGCAGCCGCAGCCGGACUCGCAGCCCCCCCAGCCGCUCCCGCAGCCCCAGCCGCAGCCCCAGCUACAACAGCCGCAGCAGCUCGGAAAGCGCCGGCUUCUGAGCCCCCCGGCACUCGGCCACAGCCCCCCCCGCCAUCCCGGCUGUGCCCCCACCCCGAUGCCACCUGUGCAUCCUCCUGAGGGACGGGGACCACCAGGGAGGUGGAAAAGAGCCAGGGGCUGCUAAGGAUGGACCUUGCGGGGGGCUGAAAACUCAAAUGGGUCCUUGCAUCGCCCUGGGAGGGGGCGAUCCCCCCCCCCCCCUCAGCCUGGGGUGUUUUGGGGGUCGGGAUGGGGUAGGGGGAGGCUAUCUUCUUAUUUCUGCGAGCACCAGGGUGGGGCGGGAUGGGGGGGGGUGAGCACAGAGCGAGGGAACAAAUUGCUCAGCAGAGACCUUGGGGCGAGCAGACUGGGGACCCCCCCAGGAGCCCCCUGUGCAUUUUUGCAUUGGUUUGACUUUUUUAGCACAAGCGUAUCCUUGGGGGGGUGGGGGGGCGGGGGGGGCAGGAGGGGGCUUCUCCAGCCCGGGCUCAGCUGGAGGACGUGAUGCCAGCCAGAGGCGAGGCCCAGCUUUCCCCCAGCAGAGAAGUCACCGUGUCCCCAUGGUGUCCCAGGUGACAGGGGCACCGCAAACCGUUUUGGGCUCCCCCCCCCGGACCCAAGCACACCCCGAGCCAUGGAUGAACAAAGGCUGGCAGCACCCGCAAGUCUCUUCCCGAGCAGGGAGGUCUGGGGGGGCCACCCCUGUGGGUUAACGCUGCUCAUCCCGGCUCAGGAGCCAGCCCUGGCACCCAUCCAUCUCACCCAGUUUUGGGGGGGACCAAGCCAUCACCCCCCAGGAGGAGGCAGCUGCAGGGCUGAGGUCUGGGCUGGGGAUUUUCCACUCCCAGGGCCACAUCCAGCCAUCCUCCGGCUUCGGCAUGUCGUACCCCACCUUUGGGCUCACAGCCCCCGGCCACCUCCUGCUCUGGGGCCGAGCGGCGGCUUUUUAAACUUAAUUACAGAAAGAGAGGCAGGAGAGUCCCGGGCUUUGCCGGCAGCCCCGCUUUUGCAGGACUUUGCUGAUUUUCAAAAAAAAAGCCCCCCCACUGCGGGUGCUGAGGACGGUCCUGCCCCCCCCCGGGGCGGUUGGUGUUUAAUCCUCGCAGGCCCCAUGUUUUCCGGACGGCUGGAGCAGGACGAUGGGGAUGAGCCUCCCUGGGUGGGAGAGCAGCUGCCCGGAUUAACCCGCUGCUCCUGGAUGAAAAGCCGGGCUUUGGCAGUCCCGCUUGACACUGGUUUCCAGCCAGCCGGGAUCGGGGGGGAUCCUUUGGACUCCAGCUCGACUGGUAAUGCGACGGCCUCGUUAGCCGACAGCCUGAUGAACCGGAGGUCCCGGGAGGGCGGAUAUGUGAACAGCGGGGCACUCCAUGGUCGUCUCCCAAACCUGGCACGUCGAGGAACCGGGCUCAGCCGUGGGCUGAGGAUUCACCAGCCCUUGGAGAAACAUCUCCAGGAGCUGGGCCGUGCUGAGUGCCAGCCCCUCGGUAUCCCACCCACCGCCUGCUCUGCUGGCAAAGCCACCGGUCGCCCUCGGCGGUGCCCGGACAAGCGGAGCUAUUAGAAAUGGGGUGAACAGGUAAGGAGGGGACACGCUGGUGGCUCUCCGUGGCUCAGCUUGUCCCCACGUGUCAGCCCCGGGCAGGGCGGCAGCUCUGGAUGUGACCAUGGCGGGAGGAGGAGACGAAGGGUCCUGCUCCCCCGAGCCUGGGGAGAUGAAGGGCAUGAGUGACCCCAGCAUCCUUACGAACCCUCGAGCCACACUCUCCAAAAACCAUCCCACCCCUCUCCAGCCGCUGCCGCAGCAGCCCCCCCGUCCCCCCCAUCGCCCCACGGGGAAGCUCAGACCGGCUGUGGGAGCCCCAAAACCCUGCUGGGAGAGGGGACCUGAAAACAUCCGAAUUCAAGCCGCCGGUGACAGGUUAUUUUGCCAGCGGCCGCAGCCCCCAGCCCUGCAGCCCCCCAGGGCCGCGGCGCCUGAAAGCCCGAGACCCAACUGCAGCGCCGGCGCGGACAAGCCAGCACAUCAGGGAAAAUUUCCAGUCUUCCUCUUUUACAGCCUCUGUCUCCUGCCGCGGAGGGAGCUAACUGGAACAAAUACUCUGUAGAAAUACUUCAGUAUUUUCCUCUCGCGCGUGCGCUCUCUCUUUUUUUCUGGGUUGUGAGUACAGCUGUAGAUUCAGUGAGCUGGUUCAAUUAUAAUAAAAUAUACAGUAUAUAUUGUAAAUGA